AUGAGCUCCCCACCGAUUGUCUACAAAGACAAAGCCAGUUACUGCACGCGGUACACGGACACAACAAUGCGGUUGGUCAAAGUCAGUAACCUUACGCUUGGGACUUCCAAAGAAGACGUAAGGGCGGCCUUCCAGGAAUUUGGUAACAUAAAUCACUGUUUUAUAUCGCUAUCCGCACCGACAGCAGCGUUACUAGUAUUCACGACCCCAGCUGAGGCCUUGGCAAGCAUUGUGGGAAUGAAGGGAGCGGUUGCCGACGGGCAAAAAAUUAAAGUGCAUGGGAUACCCUCCGCUUUUCUAGGAGGACUAGCUUUACUAUUGAGAAUCUCCUAG